UGCUGUUAUCAGUUCGUUAAGUGUGGUGGUUGUGCGUACUUCUAGAACGUUUUUGUUUUUUUUUUAUUUUUUAGAACUAAUAAGAAAAAAAUUGAAAAUCACUGCAAUUAAUAUAUAUUUGCAUUUCAAGUGCUCUUAAUUUUAACAAAAAUUAAUAAAAAUUCAAUCCAAUAAUAACGUAAAAACUAGAACUGAAAUAAUAACUAAUAAGAAAAAAAGGAAAACACUUGUUGCGGUGGAAAGAUCACAUUUUUUUAUAUCAAAUAGCUGACUUAUUUCUUAAAUACAAAAUAAAGAUAAAUUUUGUUAAAAAACAAAAUGGUCGCAACAACAUCAUCGUCGUCAACGACUUCAACAACAACUAUAAACCAGAAUGGUGUUGAAUCAAGCAAUGGAGCUGUGCCUAAAAACAAUAAUGAUCAAGUGACUUUUAAAACACUUCCUAAGGGUAAAUAUACCUUAGUGGGAAUUGAUAUUGAUACAACUGGACGUAGAUUGAUUGAUGAGAUUGUUCAGUUAGCUGCUUUUACUCCAAAUGAUCAUUUUGAACAGUAUAUAAUGCCAUAUAUGAAUUUAAAUCCGGCUGCUCGCCAACGCCAUCAAGUGCGUGUGAUCUCAAUAGGUUUCUAUCGUAUGCUUAAAUCUACACAAACUUAUAAGAUUAUAAAGUCAAAAUCAGAAAUUGCUGCCCUUAAAGAUUUCUUACACUGGAUUGAGGCUCUUAAGGCCAAAGAUACUGGCUCUCAAGGUAUUAUUUUAGUGUAUCAUGAAGAGCGUAAAUUCAUUCCAUACAUGGUAUUGGAAUCACUUAAAAAGUACAACCUGCUGGACAGGUUCCUUAAUACAGUGAAAUCGUUUGCCAAUGGCCUCAACUUGGCUAAGGCUAACGCUGAUGAAGCAUUACAACAUUAUACAUUACGCAAACUGUCAAAGCAUUUGAAAGACAACUUUAAUAAUGUUAAUGUUGAAGAAAAUAAUAAUAGUGUUUUCGCAUCGUCCACUACCACAGCGUCGGAAGCUGGUGAAACAGCAUCCGCGUUGCCUGAGCAGCAGUUGUCAGAAAAGAAGAAAUCGCCAAAACCUAGUCCCAAUAAUGAGCGCGAACUAUUCGAUGGCAAUGCAAGUGUACGUGCCAAACUUGCUUUUGAAGUCGCUUUGCAUUUAAGUAAUGAAGGCACGAAGGAGUCACUAGACUCCACGAGUGCAUUCGAUAAAAUGCUCACUGCAUUGCAUCCUUAUGCCCAACCCGUUGAAUGCGAUUUGAAUGAGUUACAAACGCAAAACGAAAAUUUGGAACGCCAGAACUCUUUCCGUCCUGUUUUCUUGAAUUACUUCAAGACCACUCUGUAUCAUCGCGUGCGUGCUGUUAAAUUUCGCAUUAUUUUAGCUGAACACUCUUAUGAUUUGCAGACUCUGAAUGCCAUAUGGACGGAGAAGAAACGUGAUGGUCUUGUUGAGAUAUUACAAGUCAUUGAUGAGCUAAAAUCUGAAGAAAAAACCGAACUGGCUGAUUUGUUUGAUAGCUAUUUCGAUCCAGCCAAAACUACUAUUAGGCCGAUUGUAAAGACAAACAACAAUCGUCGUCGUAAUAGACGUGUGCGUAACAAUGUAAGAAACAACGAUGGAAAUGCGACACGCUCUGUUGGCAAUGAACAAGGUGCUGGUGGAGAUAAACAGCAAGGUAGCAAUAAUGCAUCCAACUUGCCUGAUUCUACCACCAAAUCUCCUAAAAAUCAACGAGGAAAGCGUAAUUCACGUUCAUACAACAACAACAACAAAAACUUAUUGAAAACCCAAACACCGGUGGCUAACGAUCAAACUGCUACCGCGAAUCCAACCAACAACGUCGCUGCCGCGGUGACUGUAUCGGUGUCUAACUAAUGAGUCAGUCUGACAAUAAAAAUGAUUUUUUAAAAAAUCAAAAAUUACAUUAUAACUGUAAUGCCAUGCCCAAAUGUUGCUGCAACAUAAAAAUGUUAUUAAUUAUAUUAUUCAUUAAUUGCUAUUUUUAACCAAAAUAUCCAAUGUUUUUAGCUGUAAUAUAAAUAUUUCUUGUUUUGUUAAAACUUUUUUAAAACUUUAUUCUUUUCCCAUUAUUUUAUUCUUUUUUUUUUUAUUCCACAAAUACGUUAUUGUGAAUUACAUCUAAUGAAUAUAAAACUAAAUUUAAAAAUGUGUACGUAUGUAUACAUAAUUUAUACAUAAAUAUGUAUUUAUUGUAAAAAAAAAACAUUUAAAGCUGACAUUUGUGUUAAAAACUUUAGAAUGUUAAAAAAGCAUUCAUAAAAUUGAUUUUUCUUAUUUUAAACUCUUAUUUAAACUUUGUUCAAACGAAAUUAAAUAUUUAAACAAAACAUUAUGCUUUAUAGUCCAUCUAAA